UACUCUUGCAAUCUGCCCGAGUGUCCGGAACGGACUCGUCCGACCGGCGGACUGACGAACAUGUCCUCUGAAGCGGUGUGUCAGUUCGGUCUGCUCCGCGACCUGGAGACGAGCAAAUUCGGCCUAAACCCGGCCGGUUGGGAGGCAGAAGAGACGCAGGAGAGAGAAGAAGAGCAGGAGCAGGAGGAGGAGGAGAAGGAGGUGGUGGUGGUGGUGGGCAGACGAGACGAGUCCGACACGCCGGCCAAGUCUGAGACGGUCGUGAAGACGAGCGAGCCGUCGGGCUUGGUCUGGUUGUCGGACCGGCCGCGGGAACUGCUGACGUCGACGUUGACGUCGGCGUUGACGUUGACGUUGGCGUCGACGUCCGACUCGAGGGAACUCGACGAGUUGGGCGUGUCUCGCGGCGAUCGGGCCACUUUCUGGCCGGUCUACGCGGCGACAGGACAUGCGUGCAUGCGUCCGACCGACGCGACGGUGGAGCCGAUUGGCCGAGAGGAGGACGGUGGGGCUGCUGUGACGCCGGACGGCGUGUUUCGAGACGACGUGGAUGCCCACUUUGUGGACUCGCAGCGGGUGAGGAUGGGUUUCUGCCCAACUUGGUAG